AUGGCCCGCAUGAAGUUAAGGAAGCUGGAGGAGUAUCUACAGGGUGUUGAUGGCUUCGAGCAACCAAAGAUCCUGCUGGAGCAAUACCCCACUCCGCCCCACAUAGCCGCCUGCAUGGCCCAUCAUAUGCAGGCCCAGCACGAAGACAUAGAGGGGAAACUAAUUGGAGAUCUGGGCUGUGGCUGCGGAAUGCUUAGCAUUGCAUCCACUCUCCUGGGCGCCCAGCUCACGGUGGGCUUCGAACUGGACGGCGAUGCGGUGGACACAUUCAGGAGCAAUGUGGUGGAGAUGGAGCUUCCCAAUGUCGAUUGUGUCCGGGCGGAUGUUUUGCAGCUGGCGGGCAGCAAAUGGGAGAAGUCUUUUGACACUGUGGUGAUGAACCCUCCGUUCGGCACUAAACACAAUGCUGGCAUGGACAUGCGAUUCCUAGAGGUUGCCCUGCGGUUGGCAAAUAAGGCGGUUUAUUCCCUGCACAAAACGUCAACACGUGCUUACAUCCAGAAAAAGGCCCAGGAAUGGGGCGCCCGGGGCUCUGUGAUCGCUGAACUUCGCUACAAUAUUGACGCCAGCUACAAGUUCCACAAGCACAAGUCCAAGGAUAUUGAGGUUGACUUCUGGCGCUUUGACAUCAGCAAGGAAUAAUUAGGAAGAAUUAACUCUGUUGCAUUUAGUUUUGGACAUUACGUAUAUUAAAUUGUAUCAAAUAGGAAAACAUUAAAAUUGACCAUAUCUCUUUUCUACUCCA